CCCUCUUUUCAUGUGGUCCUGUGCUGCCUGUCAGUCAGUGAAGUUAUAGCACAAGAGAAAGAUCAGAAGAAACUUUGACACCUCGCGGAGGUGUUGGAUAAAAUCAGCCAUGGCGAGGUCAAAGGCGAAGGUGUACUGUUGCUGCGCACUGAUCCUGCUCUCUGUGAUUGCUGUGAUUGUGUGUAUUGCUGUAUUUGUGAGCCGCAGAUGUCCACAUGACACUUUCUCCAAAGCAGCAGUGGCCGCAGACUCUGGGGUCUGUUCACGGAUUGGACUGGACAUCAUUAAAAGUGGCGGCUCAGCGGUAGAUGGCGCCAUCGCCGCACUGCUGUGCACCUCCGUGAUGAACCCACAGAGUAUGGGCAUCGGAGGGGGGUCCAUAUUCACAGUGAUGGACAGCUCUGGUAAAGUGAAAGUCAUCAACUCCAGAGAGACCGUACCCAGGAGCUUUAAACCGGACCUGCUGCGUUCCUGCAACAGCAACUUCUUACAGAUGACAGGAAGUGACUGGAUUGGGAUCCCGGGUGAAAUUCGGGGCUAUGAAGAAGCACACAGGCUUUAUGGGAAGCUGCCGUGGGCCAAACUCUUCAAGCCGACCAUCAAACUGGCCAGAGAAGGAUUUCCUAUCCCUGAAAUUCAGGGUCGAUACAUCCCGUUCAUUGAUACAAAGGAAACCCAAACACUACGAAAGUUGUACUCAGAUAAAGACGGGAACCUGCUGAAGACCGGCGACACUGUGAAGUUUGAGAAACUGGCCGACACUUUGGAGACGAUUGCGAAGGACGGGGCGGACGCUUUUUACUCGGGGAGAAUAGCGGAGGAUUUAAUCCGUGACGUCCAGGAGGCAGGAGGAAGUCUCACGCUGCAGGACCUGGCCGAGUAUAAAGUCACAGUGAGCGACGCCUGGGUUGUUCCUCUGGGAGAGUACCAGAUGCACAUCCCUCCACCGCCUGCAGGGGGCAUCCUCCUCAGCCUCAUCCUCAACAUCAUGAAAGGUUAUCAGCUGAAUUCGGCCUCUCUGAAGGGCGAUCAGAAGAAGGCGGCCUAUCAUCGUUAUAUCGAAGCUUUAAGGUUCGCCAACGGAUUAAAGACACACAUCCGGGAUCCAAAGUUCAUGUCGCCAGAAAUAGCCAAGAAAUUCACAGAGGACAGUUUUGCCGACUACGUGCGGGGGAAGAUCAGCAGCGACCGGACUCACGAUCCGCAGUAUUACAACAUCACGCCGUACGUGGACGGCUUGGGAACCACACAUGUGUCCGUGCUGACUGGGGACGGGUCGGCCGUGUCCGUCACCAGCACCAUCAACCACAUAUUUGGCUCAAAGAUCUUCUCUCCGAACACCGGAGUCAUCCUCAACAACGAGCUGGCUGACUUCUGCAGAAGAGGCGAUAGAAUCUCUGCUGGGGAGCAGCCUCCCUCCUCCAUGGCCCCCACUGUGCUGAAGUCUCAGUCCAAGACGCUGGUGAUCGGAGCGUCUGGCGGCGGCAGGAUCACGACCGGGAUGGCCUCCGCGCUCAUGAACCACCUCUGGUUUGGAAAGAGCCUGAAGGAGGCGAUCGCCGCCCCCGUUCUUUAUGUCCACGCUGAUAAUAAAGUGGAGUUUGAAGCAGAUUUUGAUCAGGAUGUAAUCCAGGGUCUGAAAGCUCUGGGACACGAAGAUAAACCUGCAGGAAAAUUCUACAGCGUGGUCAACGCCGUGGAGAUGGACGGCAGCUGCAUCAGCGCCGUGUCCGAUGCCAGGAAAAAGGGCGAAGCCGCCGGUCACUGAGACCCAGGAGCCAGCGGUUGGCGCUGGAUAACCGGCCUGAACUGUAACAGUGACUCUCUGUUCAGUGUGUUUGUACAUAGUUUGAGCUUUAAUUCUUCCGACUGUUGUUGUUUUAUUAACGUCUUUCUACUGUAAAGCUAAAAAUGUCCAGUCGUUGGUUUUUUUACGUGAUAGAAGUGCCUUUGUGUUAAUAUCUGAGACGUAGAAUACUCAGGGUUACGUAUAAUCAGAUUUUAAAGACGGUUAAAAGAUAAAAGCAACGUACUUUAUAUAGUCAAAGUUAGCUAAUGUUAGCAGAACGAUAGCUAAUGUUAGCUAAUUCUAGACACGUGUUGCACUUUGUGUCGGACCUGGCGAGACGUCCAUUCCUCACUACUUCACACACUUUAAGCUGUUUUUGUAAAGUUAGUUUAAACUGUAAAAAAACUGUAAACUCUGAAUAUGCUAAAUUAAUUUUGUUCACAUUGAAAAUGUUUAAAGACAAAUAUUUGUGGAACUCAAAUGUUUGUGGUUGCAUCCGUUAUUUUGAUAUUAGAAAUCCGUCGCUGAUUAAAAGAAUUGUACUAACUGAUUACAUUAAGUACCCAACCAUUUACACUCACUGUAUGUGCUAUGUUAGCAUUGUUUAUUUAAUACACAGUCAAUUAAACAUCAACUGUAUUUGUAAUAUUUAAAUAAAAUAUGUUUUCUUUUG